AUGAGCGCGCACGAACCAGGUUCGGUGUCUGACAUCACCAUGUUUCGUGACCGCCAGGACAUUCAUGCUGCGGCCCUAGUCAAGGACGCAAGUGAGUCCGUGAUCAACAACAACGGUGAACUCUUUCAGGACUUUCCUGCAUCGUGGUAUGUGCUGAACGGAUCCCUCGAUCGCCACGACCUGGAACGGAACGCCAACGUCUCGUCUGAUCGUGUCAUCGUGGAGAACUUCUUCGGGAGGGUGUGUCUCCUGUGGAAGAUCUCCUACGCAACGUUUGUGUGGGGUACGAAGUGCUACGAUGCCAUCCAACGCCUUACCUUCGCACUGACCAACUACCACCUGACGCUCAUGCCCCUGCGCCAAUACGAUCAGCAUCAGUACCGCGCAGUCAUGGCACGUUACCGACGUAUGGUGGAAGAAAACAACGUCAAGCGCGCCGCCAUACAGCGUCGCUACGCUGCUUCAGGCUGCUUGUUCCCCGAGAGCGGAACACAUGUGUUGGAUCGUGAAAGGUGGGUCUCGGAGAAUUGGGCAGAGGACAUUGCGCGGCGGAGGGGAAGGUCGAUGGACGAACUGGAGUGCUAA